UCAGAUGGAUUAGACGGCUUUUCGACAUCUGCGUCUUCCUUCAUAACAUUGGCGACGAGGAUGGGAUAAGGCGACACAGAAGCUAUGGCCACCACCUUAAGAAAGCUGCCGGAAUUCUGCCCGGACACAGGCAACAUCGACGUCUACCUACAAAGGUUCGAGCUGUUUGCCAAAGCAAACGAAAUAGACACCGGGAAGAAGCUCGAAGUCUUCUUGACCGUCCUAGGAGAGAAGGCCUAUGUGACACUGCGUAGCUUAUUGCUGCCGAAAACGCCCACCAAGGUUAAGUACGAAGAUGCCACGAAAGUGCUGCAACAGCACUACGCCCCAAAGUGGUCUGUGGUCACCGAGCGAUACCACUUCUACCGACGGAACCAGGAAUCAAGUGAAACAAUCGCACAGUUUCUCGUGGAAUUGAAGAGGCUCGCCGCGACAUGCUCUUUUGGAACUUUCCUACAAGAAGCUCUACGGGACUGCCUAAUUGCUGGAUUACGGAGCGACACCAUCCGAUGCCGUCUUCUCGCGUUGCCCGACGACGAGGUCACAUGGGACCGGGUCUGCAAGGUAUCCACCGCCAUGGAAGCUGCACAGAAGGAUACCCAGGACAUGCUCGUUGACAACGCUGGUGCCAGCAAUGCGGACGUGCACUGGCAAGGGCCCCCGGUUAAGCCCCACAAGCAGCAACCGACAAGGCCACGGCCAUCUAGCUACGAGCUUACCCCAACAAGCAAGGUACCUGAAAAAAAAAAAACUAUAUGCGAAAAAUGGCUGUUGUAUGUCAUAGGUGCGCUGGGCAACACGCUCCUACAAGGUAGAGUGUACUAG